GAGAGCGAAUACUGAGAAAUUAUGUAACCAAAAAUGUGAACAAAGAUGAAUGAAGACAUCAUGUUUUGCAAUUUUUUUUUACUCUGAUCCAGUAGCUGGUAUGUAGUUAACUAGUUUAAACUGAUUUUGAGUGGAUACAUGGUAAAUGUGUUGUCUGCUUUCAGCCUCAGCAAGUCUAAUGGUCAUGAGGCCUGUGAGUGGCUCGCUGUCAGGACGGGUAUCGCUGCCGUGUCACUUCUCCACCACUCCCACCAAUGCGCCCUCCACCCUCGACAACAAAGCCAGCGCCCCCGGCGACCAGGACUACUUGCGCAUCAAGUGGACCAAGGUGCAGGGCGACAGUGAGACGAUCGUGCUGGUGGCCCAGAACGGCGUCAUCAAGAUCGGUCGCGGCUACCGGGGCCGUGUGUCGGUGCAGAGCCACCCUGAGGACGUCGGGGACGCCUCGCUGGUCGUGUCCAAGCUCCGCGCCAGUGACGCUGGAACGUACCGCUGCGAGGUCAUGUACGGCAUUGAGGACACACAGGACAUGGUCUCUCUGAAUGUCGAUGGUGAGUUUUGAUUUGACUGUGUCUCACCCUCUUUCUGUCUUUCUUCCUCUUGGAUGAGAUGGAUUUGGCUGCAAUCUGUCCCUGACUGUUUUGGUGGAGUUACUGUAAUAGUACUG